AUGAAACGGACCACCUGUGCUGUCCUGUCGGGGUCGCCACCACACCGCCGUCCGGCCAGCGCGACCUUCCCCCACUCGCCGCACGGCGCGCGGCGGAGGGAGCCCCCACCACCCCUGCCGCCGCCGCGCGCUCCUAUUGGCCGAUGGGCGUGUCCGGCGGCGCGCGGACGGUUUAAAACUGGGGCGGCCGGCGCUUCGCGUCCACACGUCCUGUGGACAGCGAGCGAGCGCGAGCUACCCGCCCAAGCAGACCGGCCCGACUUCGUCGAACCCCGAGCAGAGAUGUCCGCCAAGCAGAUUCCCGCCCAGCCAGGCUGCGCUCGACUCCCGGCCAUGGCACUUGUCCUCGCUCUGGCCGUCACGCUGGUGCUGCUGCAGGCUGCCGACGCAAAACGCUCGUACGGAGUGCGCAGACCGGGAGACAUUCAGGUCCGCAGAGCAGGCGGGUGCAUGGCCUUCGGGCACUCGUGCUUCGGCGGCCACGGAAAGCGCGCCGACAUGGAGCCUGGUGCGGAGGGGGUGGAGGGGGCGGAGGAGGCGGCGGCCGUGGCGGAGGCGGCUGCGGCGGCGGCCCUGCUGGACGACGCGGCCAGCCCACAGAGGUUCCGCCUCUCGCCCUUCCUGCGGCAGUGGCUGCAGCGUGCAUACCAGCAACAGCCAGCUGACUCACAAACCGUUGAAGUCAAGUAAUGCUGUCUGCUGUUCCUCAGUCUCUGCUCUGCUCUGCUGUGCUCCCCUAUUGGUGUCAAUAAUGUAAUAACAAAUAAGUUAGGCCUGUCUUUGUUGUGCACCUUACAUUCUUCCCUUACUCAUACAAACAUGUAUAAAGUAGCAUCCUGUGAAGCUGUUGUAAAACGCUAUAUCAUAGUUUCUGGUGCAUGUGAAACCAACAUUCCAGGCAAAAUAUUUUGUCAUGAAAUGAAUUAACAGACAUGGAGAUGUUUUGUUACUGCUGCCUGGAGCUUCUGACUAAAGCAAAACCACAUGUAACUGUCUCUUACUAAAAUUCAAGUUACAGACAUAUAGUUGCAGCUGAUUCUGAUCCAGUCAAAUAGUGGAGGCAGCCGAUAGUGGUUUCACAUUCACUAGGCUCAAUAUUGAAAUCCGCAAUUAACAUCUUUCAUGUAAAAUUCGCUGUAGUUAUCAAUUAAGUGGUGAUUUAAUUUAUGUACAGAAAUUAACAAGUGUAAAGUUAAACCCCUUAGCAUUACGAGAUACCACUAAUAUUUCCUUCUGCUGCUUCAUACAGGUGCGCUUAGGUACUAUGUACAGUCCUUUCACUUUACCCAGUAAAGUAUGUGUAGAAUGUAUGAAGUGUUCCUUGUAAUUCGAUUAACCUUUGUCAAAAACAAGUGCAAUAAAAAGACGAGUUUAUAAA